GGCGGCGGCAGGAAGCUGCCGCAAGGGUUCCCGUGGGCGCUCUGAGGCGGGCCCGGCCGUUUGAAAGCAAGCGAAGGAAGAAUCAGCUGCAAACUUAAAAGUUGGGAAUCAUCAGUGUGAUUCCAACCAUGGGUUCCUCGGCAUCCACUCCUGCUGGUUCAGUUCAGACCUCAAAUGCUUCUGACCACCAGCCAGCGUCACGGCCUUCAGGAUGUCCCAUGCAUGAAAGGAAAAAUCAAGGCUGUCCUGUGAGUGCAGAUGCAUCUGGUCCAGCCUGUGGAAGUGGAGCCCAGUCUGUGCCGGCCCACCAGGAACGGGCCUAUGAGUAUGUGGAGUGCCCCGUUUCUGGUGCUGCGGCAAAGAAUAAGGAGAACCUUGAUCCUUCAAAUCUGAUGCCACCACCUAAUCAGACUCCGUCCCCAGGUCAGCCAUUUGCAUUGUCUACUGUCAGAGAGGAGUCUUCCAUUCCUAGAGCAGACUCUGAGAAGAAGUGGGUUUACCCUUCUGAACAGAUGUUUUGGAAUGCAAUGCUGCGAAAAGGGUGGAAGUGGAAGGAUGAUGAUAUUAGUCAGAAAGAUAUGUACAAUAUCAUUAGAAUUCAUAAUCAGAACAAUGAGCAGGCUUGGAAAGAGAUUUUAAAGUGGGAAGCGCUUCAUGCUCGUGAGUGUCCUUGUGGUCCCUCAUUGGUCCGAUUUGGAGGGAAAGCAAAAGAGUAUUCACCAAGGGCAAGGAUUCGUUCCUGGAUGGGGUAUGAGUUGCCAUUUGACAGGCACGACUGGAUCAUCAACCGCUGUGGCACAGAAGUUAGGUAUGUGAUUGAUUACUAUGAUGGCGGCGAGGUCAACAAAGACUACCAGUUCACCAUCCUGGAUGUGCGCCCUGCCUUCGAUUCAUUCUCAGCAGUAUGGGACAGAAUGAAGGUUGCUUGGUGGCGCUGGACUUCUUAACCACUGUUUUGUUUGUGAGGAAAAAAUACUAUUUUUUUUUCUGGCUAAAAAACAUUAAACUGUUUUCCCCAAACUAAAUUGCACUCAUGGUGUCACAGUGGGUACUUCAAGUGCAUAAUCACACUUGAUCCUUCAUUUAGCAGAUGUCAUGCUCCAUUAACUUUGCAGUCACAUUUUCCUUGCAGUUUAUAGCAGAUCAUUUUGUUUUAUCCCCACGGGGCACAAGUAAGAAACAAUCCCUCAGUUUGCCCUUUAAGCCUGCAGUAUUGCCUAUUGUUUCAUUUAGAAUAGUCUGAACAACAUCUGAGAAAGAACUUUUAAAAAGUGAUUAAAGUUGCUUUUGUGCUUACUGUUUUCUCAGGAGUAUUUAAAAUUGAAAAUCUGAUGCCUUGAUCUGGUUAAAUAUUUUGACAAACGCUAUCCAUUAUAAAUAAGAAGCACUUACUCUUACUGGAAAGUGACUAAUAUUUCGAAAGUCCCAACAGUCUACUAGUGGUCCUGAACACAAUGCAUAGGUACAUUCAGAAAUGUACUCCACAAGAUCAAAAUGCCCUACCUCCAAAUUCUCAUUUAUAUGUAUUUUUCAAACUUGAUCUUUAUAGACUUUGAGUUUCAACUCACCAUAAGGAUGUUAUACAUAUGUUUUGGUGCAUAAAAUUUUCAAAAUGUUGUUUUUAAUUGCUGUUCUAAUAUGUAACUGAUCCAGAAAAGGUCCCAUUGUCCCUACUGUUUGAAAAUUUGUUUCAACUUUUGAUUCCCAUCCUAUUUUAUCCCUCACCAGAAGCUCCUUUCCCCCAACUUAAUCCCAACCUUGAAAGCCCGACUCAAGUCAGUGGCAGUGGUGGUCUCUUUCUGUAGCAGGAUUAUAUUUGAGUGUUAAAAUUCACAAAAGCAUUUUUCUCCCAUGCAGAAUUUUGCAUUGAUUUACUGUAUCAUUUUUUUCUUUUGUUUUAAGUAAGGUUUACUUUUAUUGUUAAAAUCGUUUCCUAAAAUGGUUAUUUUAAUUAUAGCAGCAUGUUCCAAAUAGCUUGUUUAUUUUUUUAGGUGUUGAUAAUAUUAAAUCCUUAAUUUAUCCUGAA